CGGAGACUCCUCUCAUCCGUCUCAACACAGCGAGAAAUAACACGUUCACUGAUGCGUCGAACGGACUUUCCAAAGGACAGCACUGGUGUUUUUCAUGAUUAACUACUGGAUAUAUCACCAUCAGCACCACAGGAGGGAUCCAUGUGCCACGACAAGAUCAAUAUUCUCUCAUAAAUAAGGUGCAGCUCUGACUGAGAUGGCCAUGUCACUGUGCUGCUACAGGACAGUUGUAUUGGUUGUGGCCUUCUGUUUCCUGCCUUGCAUCACUUCCUCCCUCAACCUGGAGGAUCCCAAUGUCUGCAGCCACUGGGAGAGUUACUCGGUGACAGUGCAGGAGUCAUACGCCCAUCCCUUUGAUCAGAUUUAUUACACCAGCUGCACUGACAUCCUCAACUGGUUUAAGUGCACCAGACACAGGGUGAGCUAUCGGACAGCAUAUCGAAGAGGAGCCAAGACCAUGUACCGGAGAAAGUCCCAGUGCUGCCCAGGCUUCUAUGAGAAUGGAGAGAUCUGUGCUCCUCAUUGUGCAGAGAGCUGUGUUCAUGGCCGUUGUAUGGCCCCCAACACCUGCCAGUGUGAGCCGGGAUGGGGGGGCUCCAACUGCUCCAGUGCUUGUGACAGUAACCACUGGGGUCCCCACUGCAGUAACAGAUGUCAGUGCCAGAACGGCGCACUGUGUAACCCAAUCACCGGAGCCUGUAUCUGCACUCCUGGAUACAGAGGCUGGCGCUGUGAGGCCCAGUGUGAAGUGGGCACCUAUGGAAACGGAUGCCAGCAGAAAUGCCAGUGCCAGAAUGGAGCCGCUUGUCACCACGUUACUGGAGAAUGCAAGUGUUCACCAGGAUACACUGGAGCUUUCUGUGAAGACCUGUGUCCUCCAGGGAAACAUGGGCAGCAGUGUGAGGAGAGAUGUCCAUGUCAGAAUGGAGGAGUGUGUCACCAUGUGACGGGAGAGUGCUCCUGUCCUGCAGGAUGGAUGGGUACAGUGUGUGGUCAGCCAUGUCCAGAGGGGAGAUUUGGACAAAACUGUUCGCAGGAAUGUCAGUGUCACAACAACGGUUUCUGUGUGUUGUCUACUGGACAGUGUCUCUGCAGCCCUGGAUACACAGGAGAGCGGUGCCAGGAUGAGUGUCCAAUCGGUACUUAUGGUGCUGGCUGUGCAAAGACGUGUCGUUGUAAGAACAACAGCAAGUGCUACCACACCAACGGAAUGUGUUUGUGUGAGCCAGGAUACACAGGGGAAACGUGUGAUGCCCGACUGUGUCCUGAAGGACACUACGGCCUCCGGUGUGAUAGGAAGUGUCCAUGCUACGCCCAGAACACACACAGCUGCCACCCAAUGUCAGGAGAGUGUACAUGUCAGCCUGGCUGGUCAGGCCUCUACUGCAAUGAGACGUGUACCCCAGGAUUUUAUGGCGAGUCCUGCCAGCAGGUGUGCCAGUGCCAGAACGGUGCUGACUGCCACAGUGUGACUGGAGAGUGUAUCUGUGCUCCAGGCUUCAUGGGUCCCAACUGUUCAGUCCCCUGUCCAGCAGGAACACAUGGAGUGGAGUGCGCAUCCAUCUGUAACUGUAAGAACAAAGCUCAGUGUUCACCUGUGGACGGAUCCUGCACCUGUAAACCAGGGUGGCACGGGGUGGACUGCUCUAUCAACUGUCCCAGUGGUACCUGGGGUCUGGGCUGUAACCUCACCUGCAUGUGUGGCAACGGAGGAGCGUGUAAUGCCCUGGAUGGUCACUGUACCUGUGCUCCAGGCUGGAGAGGAGACAGGUGUGAACUCCGCUGCCAGGAUGGCACAUACGGUCUGGACUGUAAAGAACGCUGUGACUGCAGUCAUGCUGAUGGAUGUCACCACUCUACUGGGCACUGCCGCUGUCUGGCUGGAUGGACUGGUAUCCACUGUGACAGUGUGUGUGCAGAGGGCCGCUGGGGCCCAAACUGCUCCCUCCCCUGUAACUGUAAGAAUGGAGCAUCCUGCUCUCCAGAUGAGGGAACGUGUGAGUGUGCUCCAGGAUACAGAGGCACCACGUGUCAGAGGAUCUGCUCUCCGGGUUACUUUGGUCACCGCUGCAGUCAGACCUGUCCACAGUGUGUCCACAGUAACGGACCGUGCCACCACGUCACAGGACAGUGUGACUGUCUGCCAGGCUUUAAGGGGGCGCUGUGCAACGAGGUUUGUCCCAGUAGUCACUUUGGGAAGAACUGUGCUUGGAGCUGCAGCUGCACCAACAACGGCACCUGUAAUCCCAUCGACGGCUCCUGUCAGUGUUAUCCAGGAUGGAUCGGUAGCGACUGCUCCCAGCCGUGUCCGCCUGGUCAGUGGGGACCCAACUGCAUCCACACAUGUAACUGUCACAACGGAGCCUACUGCAGUGCUUAUGAUGGAGAAUGCAAGUGCACCCGAGGAUGGACUGGCCUCUACUGCACACAACGCUGUCCUUUAGGUUUCUAUGGGAAGGACUGUUUUCAGACCUGUCAGUGUAGGAAUGGAGCUGACUGUGAUCACAUCACUGGACAGUGCACCUGUCGCACCGGCUUCAUGGGACGCCACUGUGAACAAAAGUGUCCUCCUGGUUCCUACGGUUAUGGCUGUCGUCAGGUCUGUGACUGUCUAAAUAACUCCACAUGUGAUCACAUGACUGGUACAUGUUACUGCAACCCAGGCUGGAAGGGAGCUCGCUGUGACCAAGCUGGUGUAGUGGUGGGCAGCCUUAACAGUUUGACCAGCGCAGCCAUGCAGGUGGACACCUACCAGAUUGGAGCCAUCGCAGGAAUCAUUGUGCUGGUGCUCCUGGUGCUCUUCCUCCUCCUCCUCUUCGUCAUCUACAGGAAGAAGCAAAAGGGCAAAGAGCCUACCAUGCCGGCUGUGACCUACACUCCUGCUAUGAGGGUCACUGCUGAUUACACCAUUACAGAUGCUCACCCACCAGCGUGUGAGACCCACCCCAGCAACUACUUCUCCAACCCCAGCUACCAUACUCUGACCCAGUGCAUCAGCCCCCCACAUGUUAACAAUGGUCCCUAUGGAAAGGCCAAGAGCAAUCAGCUGUUUGUGAACCUGAAGAAUGUAGAUCCAAGAAAAAGGGCUCGAGCUGAACACUCAGGCACACUGCCUGCAGACUGGAAACAAGAAGACUGCUUCAGUGAACUGGGAGCGUACGGGGUUGACAGGAGAUACAUGGGGAAAUCUCUACGAGAUCUGACGGGCACACCCUAUCAUGCCAGCUCCUGCUCUCUCAACAGCUCUGAAAACCCCUACGCAACGAUAAAGGACCCUCCUCUGUUGAUAGCCAAAAACACAGAGUGUGGCUAUGUGGAAAUGAAGUCACCAACCAGACGGGAUUCACCAUAUGCCGAGAUCGGCAACAGCAGCCCCGGCAAUAACCGCAACGUCUACGAAGUUGAGCCAACUGUGAGCACCAUCCAGCUGACCGGAGACAGCAAUGGCCACGUACAGUUUGGUCAGGAUCCGUACGAUCUACCAAAAAACAGCCACAUCCCCUGUCACUAUGACCUCCUGCCAGCCAGAGAGAGUCCAUCCCUGGAGCACAAGGAGCUGGACAGUGAAUGAUGGCACAGAGACUCAGUACAGAGACCAGGUCUCACCUCCAGUGUGCAGCUCUGCCACUGGCUGUUCCACAAAAAUGCACACUUUAUACCCACUGCAUACUUUCACUUGUUUUCUAGCUGUUCUACUUUGACACUGUCAUUGUAAUUAUGUAUCACGACUUCUUUCUGAACAAAGUGGGUAUGGAAGAGUUUGGAGGUUAGUUUUGGCUGUUAUUUUUUUACAGCAAUGUGUUAACUGCAAUGAAGUCUUCGUAGGUCAUUCCACACGUCUGGGAGGUAACGAAUGAAGCAGUUUGUAUGAUGUGUUGUCAGCCCACUGCUAAUGGCAGAAGUGUUUGCACCUGUCCUAAAUGACCACACUGAAAGGUGGGCUGAAAGGCUGGCUGUCACAGCCUCCUUCUGACGGCCUGUCUGAUCUUUCUGCAAGAGCUCUGUCUUUUUUGUCUUGUAGUCACAAGACACAGCAAAUUGUACAAACUGCAACAACAGAAACAUUCAGAUGGUGGCAAAGCGUUUGUGGUGUUGUACACUCAAAAAGUGACCUGUCCAUACCUUGCUGUGUAAAACAUUGCAAUGGAUUAUUUGGAAACCAACAAAAAGUUGUCAGACGCAGCCCCACCCAAAGGCGGUUUCAGAUAUUGUUUGUUUCAAGCGUACUGGAGCCUUCCUGAUGUUUGUGUAUCACAUUCAACACCAAUCAAAUCUCUAUUUUUGUAACAGUAGUAUCAGAAAAUGGCUAAUUGGAGUGAAUAUUAGCAAUUAUAUCAAAGAUGAGAUGUUUGUUAAAGUUUAAAGAAGAGUGGUAGCGUCAAGCUGCUCACAGUGUUUCUGAUAUUCGAAUAAUCAGUGUUGGAUUAGUAUUUAAGUUAACCAAAGGUACAAAUUCCAUUGAAAGACUAUGUUUAUCACCAUAGUUCAAAGCUAUGCAAAUUGUUUAAUACAAGAGGUUACAAGCUGAGCCUUUUUUCAUUGUAACAGAGUUUAAUUUUUGGUAAUUUCCCACUGAUUUCAAAUAAUUUCUUUUUCAGUUCAUCAAGAAAUCAAAUAAUACAUAGUAAACAGAGAUGUAAUUUUAUUUUAAGCAGUAACAAACCAUAAUUGAUGAGUAUCAUAGUUCAUGAAUAUCAUUAUCCGUCAUCAUAUCAUACAUAGUAAUCCGUGAUCAUUAUCUCCACUCUGUGACACCCGUUGCCUUUUACAGCAGUUCUUUUGAUCACGAUGUUCUUCCGUACUUCAUAUCAAGAACUUGGGAGCACAAGUGCACAACACAUACUUCUUAUGUGUCUUUGAUUGAUUGAUCCACCUUGCUAAGCCAUUGUAGUUCAUUUUAAAUGAUGAUCAAAGUUGUGGGUAGUAUUAGAUCAGCAAGGAACGAUGGCAGAGGAGAUAUCUGCACACCAAAGUGACUGGGCUAGAAAGCCACAGAAGAUCCACAGGUUGAAAUCAAUGCAAAAAUAGUCCAUUUAUUAAAGACAUCUGUGCAUAAAAAUGGUGCUCAAAGUGCACAAAAAUGAUAAAGAAUUAGUAAAAAAAAAAAAGCUGCAAACAUUUCAGUCCUUGACUGUCAUCAGUGCUACUGAUAUGAGUGCUUCACAGAACACAUACAGAGACAGACAGAUUCCGACCAGGUGUGAUAAAUCAAUCAGCUGGUGCCACUACUUAGAGGCCGUUUACACGUUGCUGGCUAUUUUCAUAAACAGACAUUUCACCGUCUCCGUUUUCAAAAAGAUCUUCGUUUACACUUACCCGUGUAUAUAUACACAAGAGCACGCCAAACCUGUAGGUGGCAGUGUAACGAGAAGCUCAAGCCUUCCAUGUAUCCAUUGUCACCAUAGCAACAUAGGUCGCACUUUUGACACAGGCGCAAGUUACGGCGCAUACUGUGACGUCGGCUGCCUAUCACUCCGUUUAUCUCCGUUUAUCUCAGUUUACAUGCAAACGCGCAACCGGAGUUUUCCAAAAUCUCCACUCUGGCCGGAGUUUUUAGAAAGACUCGUUUUCAGAGGAGAAAUCUCCGUUUGCGUGUAAACGAAGGGCACAAACGAAGGAAGAUGUCUCCGUUUAUCAAAAUCACCGUGUACGUGUAAACGGCCUCUUAGAUGACAUCAACUCUGAGUUGAGCAUGACUACCAAAUCACAAUGACCUAUCAUACGAGUACUACACAACAUCUAGUACUAUUCUCAACAUCCUCAAACACCAAUACAUGAUGGCAGAAAAUAUUAUGCAAAUGUACAAAACACUAAAACUAUACACAGAAUGAAAGAAAAGAAAGGGCAAAAUAUGACAAAGCAUGUUCCACAAUGCCAUGCUGGUACAUGCAGAUGCCUAUAAAUCUGCAUGCAGAUACAAAUGUAAAGCACUCUUGUCAGCAGUGAUGAAGCUUUGCGUUAGUUCAUGCAUGACAUGGAAGUCAUACGCCCCAGCUGUAACUAGCUGACAGCCAGCUGAUACAAUUAUUACUUAAAAUCAGUCACACACCAAUCACAGCCCAUUCUCAAAACAAGGCAGUCCAUUUAAAUAUGGCCUCCUACUCACUGAUCCUUGCUACAGUAUUGCUACCACCUACCACUGCUGCUGCGGUUGCUGGCAAAGCUUUGCCUCCUCCAACCCAGCCUCCACCUUCCUAUUUCAGAGUCCUACCAUUGUUUAUAGGUUAAAAGGGUAUUUUAGGUCUUGCUUUGGCCUUACUCUUGUAUACCAAGGGGGGUUUUCUGCAUUACGCUCCCUGUUUUGGUGUAGCAUGCUGCUUGUCUAAUCCAGGGAGCAUCUUAAGAGUGAAGCCAUCAGCACCAAGCAUAAGGCGGCUGUGGCUCAGAGGUAGAGCGGGUCAUCCACCAAUCGAAAGAUCAGCGGUUCGAUCCCAGGCUCCUCCAGGCUGCAUGUCGAAGUAUCCUUGAGCAAGAUACUGAACCCCAAAUUGCUCCCGAUGGCUGUUCCAUCGGUGUGUGAGUGUGUUAAAACUGAGUAGCAGGUGGCACCUUGUAUGGUAGCCUCGGCCACCAGUGUAUGAAUGUGUGUGUGAAUGGGUGAAUGUGACUCGUAGUGUAAAAAGCGCUUUGAGUGGUCACUAGAUGACUAGAAAGGCGCUAUACAAAUGCAGGUCCAUAAGUAUUUCCAUUUGUUUCAAUAAAUAUGAUGAUGAUAGUCAAGGACUGAAACAUUUGCUGCUGUUUCUACUCACUCUUUAUCAUUUUUGUGCACUUUGAGCACCUUUUUUGUGCACAGAUGUCUUAAAUAAAUAGACUAUUUUUGCUUUGAUCUCAGCCUGUGGACCUUUUUGUGGCUUUGUAGCCCAGUUACAUUAGUGUGCGGGUAUCUACUCUGCCAUUCCCUCUUGUGUAUUAUACCGCUGCACCCAGGACAAACUUCUUUGUUGCCCCAGGUAGGCACAAUUUCACAGCAGUCCUAAGACUUAACAGUAUUAGAUCAGGACAAGGCUGGAUUUGAAAUUGAGCAGCUGCCCCAGGCCCCCAAGUAUCAUCAGCUUUGUUAGCAGGUCUGCAGAUGCCUCUGCCUUCCUCUCACGUGACCCUUGCAGUGCAUGCAAGGGUCAAGUGAGUACCGAAUUUGUAUAUCAAUAUCCAAUGACAAUGUGGGCAGAAUCAAGAUAACAAGAACAUCCAGAAGAGUCCUAAUUUUCCAGCACUUGUGCAGGCCUCCCUGCAUUGCUAUUCAUAAACACUGAAAGUACUUCAUUUUCUGAGAAUAAAUGUUUCAAACUGGAAUUUUUAAAACGUGUCUAUAUAUAUAUAUAUAUAUAUGUGUAUAUAUAUAUGUAUAUAUAUAUAUAUAUAUACAUAUAUAUGAAUAAAAUAUCAUAAAUUUGUGAAAAAUGCUCAGCGCAAUUUUCCUGUAUCCUUAUACUUUUCUGAUGAUAUAUUGGAAGUCAGUUCAGUGCUUUCUUUCUUUCUUUCUUUGCUCAUUGUGUUGGUGUACUGAAUAACUUUUUUAUGCAUGAAUGGAGUGUUAUUGAAAAACAUUAUUUAAAGUUCUGUGUAAAAGGAGACAGAGCAUGCAGCAAAAACUAUAAAUUAAAUGACAAAAAAAGUAGGAAUCCAAUCAAUGAGUAGAUAAGCCCAGGAUUGUUCAGAAGUCGCUGAACUUACCUGGAACUUUGUAUCACCUCCUAAACAGAGCCCACAUUUAGGUCCAUUAACGCUACCCCAAAGCAUGCAGAGAACAGUGGAAACAAAAGCAGACGCAAUAACAAUGGAUACACCUGAAACUUUUGUUAUAUUCCUGUUCUGGUUAAGGAGUUAUUUGUGAUUUCACUCCACCAUUAGAAUUCAUGACCUCCUGUGUGGAAAGUUUCCACCAGUGACUAUAUUUAGAAUGAAGAACCCAACAAAAUAUGGUUGCGGAGUGUGAUACGAAUUUUACACUGCGAUCAUUACAUCUUCAUCUUGUCCCAUAGCACCACAUCAGAAAGCAUCCUAUCACCAAAUGAACCUAGUCAUCUGUACAAUAAGAUCUUACCACAGUUGCUGAUCUUUGUCACUGUGCAAUUUAAAGGGCUUAACAUAUCUUCUAAUGAAAUGCAAGCUUGAGCUGGACUUUGGCUUUUUGAAAGAUGAUAGUAACUGGAAAAGUUCACAUUGUUAAUCUGUAAUGAGCAUUUUCAUAUUGUUUUAUCUUAUUCUCUUUCCUGUAUUCUGAAUUGCCUACAACAGCAAACAGUCUUAAGCUAUUCUGAGGUCAUUUGAAUUGUUUGUAAAAUAUUGUACAUAGUUUGAUCAGUUCUGUAAAAAUAUUAACAUCACCCAGCGUCUUAUGUCUAAAAUUAAAAUCAGGAACAAACGUGGCAUUUGGUUUAGCACUGAUACGAUUAUCAAAACUUGGAAACUUGAGACUCUUAUCCUCGGCAGAUACUGCAUUUCUGUUUCGUUUUGUUCCUGCUCUAGUCUGUCAGAGCGCUGUGCAUUUCAAUGACCACUAAAGAGGUCUGCUCUGAAACAAAUGCCUGAGAUUUUCCCAACAAUAACAAAUACAUCAAAUUGAUCUGUUUCCCAACACUUGAAUGGUUCUUCAAUCCUCCACUUCCAGAAGAAGAAUCAUUUAUACACUAACUGCAACUGCACAGUCAUUCCUCAAUAAGGCAACAAUGAUUUAGCCACUACCGUGAUGGGAUUCUGUUAUGUUUUUUUGGAUUUUGUUCUUCAUUAUAGUGUUGUUUGUGCCAAUGCUUUUGAAUAAAAUGACAUCAUA